AUGUUCCUCAGCACCGGCUCCAGUGGGCUCUACAAGGCACCUCUAUCUAAGAGUCUUUUACUGGUCCCCAGUGCCCUGUCUCUUUUGCUGACUCUACUCCUGCCACACUGUCAGAGGUUCUUCCUGUAUGACCUCCAAGCAGUCAAGGAUGACUUCCAGAUUUGGAGGCUGAUAUGUGGAAGAAUAAUUUGCCUUGAUUUGAAAGAUAGUUUCUGCAGUAGUCUGCUUAUUUAUAAUUUUAGGAUAUUUGAAAGAAGAUAUGGAAGCAGAAAGUUUGCAUCCUUUUUGCUGGGUUCCUGGGUUUUGUCAGCCUUGGUUGACUUCAUCCUUGUUGAAGCUAUGUGGUAUCUCUUUGGUAUUACUGCAUCCAGGAACUUGCCGUCUGGAUUCUUGGCACCUGUGUUUGCUCUGUUUGUACCAUUUUACUGCUCCAUACCGAGAGUCCAAGUGGCAAAUGUUCUGGGCCCGUUGUCCAUCACAAACAAGACAUUGAUUUAUAUAUUGGGACUGCAGCUUUUCACCUCUGGUUCCUACAUCUGGAUUGUAGCCAUAAGUGGACUUAUUUCCGGUAUCUGCUACAACAGCAAAAUACUACAAGUCCAUCAAGUGCUGUACAUCCCAAGCUGGAUGGCAAAGUUCUGUUCUUGGACGCUUGAGCCCAUCUUCUCAUCUUCAGAACCUACCACCGAAGCCAGAGUCGGGAUGGGGGCCACAGUAGACAUCCAGAGGCAGCAGAGAAUGGAACUGCUCGAUCGGCAACUGAUGCUUUCGCAGUUUGCACAAGCGAGGCGACAAAGACAGCAGCAGGGAGGAAUGAUCAACUGGAAUCGACUUUUCCCUCCUUUACGUCAACGACGAAAUAUAAACUAUCAGGAAGGUCGGCGGUCUGAACAACAAGCAUCCCCUCCUCUAGAGGUUUCUGAGGAACAGGUUGCCCGGCUCAUGGAGAUGGGAUUUUCCAGAGGUGACGCUUUGGAAGCCCUGAGAGCUUCGAACAAUGACCUGAAUGUGGCCACCAACUUCCUGCUGCAGCACUGA